AUGUCGGGUAAAAGUGAUAUUUGGAAUCAUUUCAUAAAAAAAGACUCAGGAGGCAAAUGCAAAUAUUGUCACCAGGAAGUAAAAACUAAGGGAAACACAACAAACAUACGUAAUCAUUUAUUAAGACGUCAUCCAACAAUUCAGACCGUAAGUCUCAAAAAGAAGAGUGAAAGUGGUGGUGGCAAUUGUGGUAAUGCACGAAAUGGUGAUGGACAAGUUUUUGAUUACAUGGCUUUAGGCAUCGUGCCAGUUCCAGAUUCUCAAAAUGUUGAUAAUUCGGAUACUGAAAGCGUGGCUUCUUCUUCUGUCUCUGUAUCAGUCUUAAAACAGCCAACAUUGGCAUCUUGCUUAACAAAUAUAAAAUCAUUUCGAGAUAAUGGUGUUAAAAGUGGUCAACUAGCCAAUGCAAUAGUCUUCAUGAUAGCAAAGGAUAGCUUGCCUCUAAAUACUGUGGAAAAAACAGGAUUUCAAUAUUUGAUGAAAGUAGUGGCACCGCUAUAUAAAGUUCCAGCCAGAAAAACAAUUACCCACAUGAUUGAUGAUAAAUAUAACGUUCUUUCAGCACAACUGAAAUUAAAAAUACAAGAAGUAGAAGCACUAUCUUUGACUGCAGAUGUUUGGACCGACACGCAUAAUAGUCAAAGCUACUUAGGCUUAACUGGUCAUUGUAUAUAUGAAAAUAAAUUAAUGAGCAUAAUUUUCGAUGUAACUGCUCUAACAGAACCACACAAUGCUGACUACUUAGCACAAGUAAUUAUUAAUAUGACAGAAAAAUGGGACAUCACAAUAGCGUCACAACCAUUUGACAAUAAGGAUGGACUAGACGAAGCAAAGAAUUUAUUAACAGCUGUUAAAGAUAUUACUACAUAUUUUAAGCAAAAUACAAAUGCUGCUGACUCUUUAAAGAAAGCUCAGGAUCACCAAACAAAGCCUUUGGGGCUUAUUCAAUCUGUGUGUACCAGAUGGAAUUCUAUUUUUUAUCAAUUAGAACGAUUUGUUGAGUUAUCCGAAAUAAUUGCGCCAAUAUUACUCAAGUAUCCUAAAGCUCCAACAAUGCUUACUGCACAGCAGUUAGAAUUCAUAAAAGAUCUUAUAAAUAUAUUGAGACCAUUAGAAGUAAUAACUAAGGAAAUAUCUGGAGAAAACUAUGUUACAGCCAGUAAAAUUAUACCAAUCGUAUCUUGUCUGACUGAAACAUAUAAUACAAUGGAAAAUUCAACCGAUAUUGGUGCUAAAACACGAACUUUAAUAGUGGACGGCCCUAAAAAAAGACUUGGAAUGGUUGAACAAGUUCAUUUGUUAGCUGCUGCGACCAUUUUAGAUCCUAGAUUUAAAAAAAAAUCAUUUUACUGA